GAAAAUGAAGAGGCUUUCUCGAAAGCUGACUUUAGCCCUCGCAGCGCUGUUUUGGAUAGCCGCUUUACUCUAUUUCAUUUUGCUGAAUAGCCGCAAAAUACAACCUGACCAAAGAAACGAGCAACCGCAAGUGAAAGAGAUCUCAGAUACUGAGUGGGAUGACCUGCUGGAAGAGUUUGAAGAGAAAAGCUACCUCAAUGCUCACAGAUGGAAACCAGGCCAGGACCCCUACAGUCUGUAUGCCUUCAAUCAAAGAGAGAGUGAGAGAAUCCCCAGCAACAGAGCGCUUAGAGACACCCGGCAUUACAGGUGUACAACACUGCACUAUGACCCUGACCUGCCAUCCACUACCAUAGUGAUCACGUUUCACAAUGAGGCACGAUCUACCCUGCUGCGCACAGUUCGGAGUUGUGUUGAAUCGACUCCUGUGCAUCUGAUUCAUGAAAUCAUACUGGUAGAUGAUUUCAGCGAAGAUCCAAAUGACUGCCUUCUUCUCACCAAGUUGCCAAAAGUAAAGUGUCUUCGUAAUAAACGCAGAGAAGGGCUGAUCCGGUCUAGGGUUCGAGGGGCGGAUGCUGCAGGAGCUGGGAUCCUGACUUUUCUGGACAGUCACUGUGAGGUCAACAAAGAUUGGCUGCCUCCACUGCUGCAGAGGGCAAAAGAGGACCCGACCUGUGUCGCCAGCCCUGUGAUUGACAUCAUUAAUAUGGACACGUUUGCCUAUGUCGCCGCUUCCUCAGACUUGCGAGGAGGAUUUGACUGGAGUUUACAUUUUAAAUGGGAGCAACUAUCAGCUGAAAAGCGAGCCAAGAGAGCUGACCCUACAGAGCCUAUUAAAACGCCCAUCAUCGCAGGAGCUUUUGUGAUUGACAGAUCCUGGUUCAAUCGCUUGGGAAAAUAUGACACGACCAUGGACAUCUGGGGAGGGAGAACUUUGGUGAAGAUUUCUUUUAGAGUAUGGAUGUGAGGAAGCCUGGAAAUCAUUCCUUGUAGCAGGGUCGGCCACGUAUUUCGCAAGAAACAUCCUUAUAUCUUCCCAGAGGGCAACGCCAACACCUACAUAAAGAACACCAGAAGGACUGCUGAGGUUUGGAUGGAUGAGUUCAAACUGUUCUACUACUCAGCUCGGCCGGCUGCUAGGGGAAAAUCUUACGGAGACAUUCACGGCAGGCAGGAGCUCCGCGAGAGUCUUAAGUGCAAAUCCUUCAAGUGGUAUCUGGACAAUGUCUACCCAGAGCUCAAAGUUCCUGAUGAUUCCGAUGCGAAGUCUGGUGUGAUCCGGCAGAGACAAAACUGUCUAGAAUCUCGUAUAGUGGAGGGUCAGGAUCUCCCAGUGCUUACUCUUGCACCCUGCAGCAUCACCAAAGACGUACCAGCAGCCAAUCAGGAGUGGAUCUACACCCAUGGACAGCAAAUCCGCCAGCAGCAGCACUGUCUGUCCGUCUCCACCACUUUCCCUGCCUCCCAGAUCCUGCUUGUGCCGUGCAACAUCAGCGACGGCAAGCAGCGUUGGCAGAAAUCUGGCACUCACCUGGAGCACCUGGCUUCUCGAUUCUGCGUGGACAGCGAGAUGGCUCUGGACGGCAUUGAAAGCAGUAAAAUGCUAGUGAUCAGCCCAUGUGAACUGUCAGCACACACUCAGAGAUGGGAGAUGCCUUUCUCGUGAUCCUUCCUCCUUGGCUUCUCCUCACGUUUCAGAGCUCAGCUGGA